AUGAAGACGCCGCAUGAACAGCGACCUCGCUCGUACACAGAGCACUCGACAUUACUAUCCACACCGUCACCGACGCGAUGGCGCCGAUAUCAUGCAGCUCACAGACGUCACACGACUGUGCGCCAAGACAUCUGGACCGUGCUGCGUUUCCGCUCUUCCGUGCAGCACCGCUACGGCCUGCAGCUCGCGUCCUACAUACUGGAGCUGAGCAUCCUGACGCUCAUCCUACUGAAUGUGGUGGUGGCAGUCUCCGAGUCCUCUAUUGUGGUGGAUUCCGAUACAACGGCUUCUUCUUCCGGGCAGACGCCCGAGGUUAACGACUGGACGGAUAUUUUCUUGCUGGUGUCCACCAUCAUCUUCUCCAUUGAGUACGCACUGAGAGUCUGGUCGUGUGUGGAAGACGAUAGAUUUAGUGAAGGAGCGAUCAAAGGACGAUUAAAAUGGAUGACGCGGCCGCUAUCGCUGAUCGAUCUGAUGGCGUUGGUCCCGUUCUACUUGGAGCUCAGCUUGCAGUUCGAUACACACCACCAUGGAGGAUUGACACUGCGAAGUCUUCGACUGCUGCGGAUCGUGUCGUUUCUGCGACUAGAGCGUAUGUACAACGCGAUGAAGAACCUUCGAGUGAUCUUUGCGCGCAAGAAGGAGGAGUUUCUAGUGGUGACAUACCUCACGGCUGUGGUGGUACUGACCUCAUCACUGAUUAUCUUCUUCAUCGAGCACGUGGCUCAACCCAGCGUGUUCUCGAGCUUCGGUGUCUGCGUGUGGUGGUCAGUCGAGACCAUCACAUCACUGGGCUAUGGCGACGUAGUGCCUAUCACCAGCAUGGGCCGAGCAGUGGGCGCUUUGCUUGCGCUCUGGGGCAUUGUCCUGUUCACAAUCCCCGGAGCAGUUUUGGGAAGCGGCUUCAUCGAGGUCAUGCUAGAGAAACAGCGCGCAGAGGAGGCCGAAAUGUACAGCAUGGCCAUGGGCGGCGGAAGUCCGAUUAAUAACAAUCCGCAGUUCGUUGGCAACUUCAGCGACGACGAACACGGGCACGAGAACUCCACGGAAACAGUAGCACAUACGCCUAUAUCGGUGGCGUCAUCGAGCAACUCGUCGACGCCGCGCGUUGCGGCUGCCAUGCGAGUUGAGGCAUUACAUCAAAAGGUGGAGGCUAUCGCGGCAGGACAGCGCCAUUUGGAGAUGCACUUCCGCCAGCAACAGCAGCAGCUAGAGAGGCUCACGCGGCUCCUCGAGGUCUCCCUUGGAGUGGAUGCGACCAGCGUAUCGCCGCCGCCGACGCGACGGAAUCACGAACCGGGGCAGCACGACCUCCCGAGAUAA